AAACAGACAGGAACAUUUAUCACAGCAGACGAGACAAGCAGGAUGGACUCCAGACAGAUCCUCUGGAGCGUCAUGGUCCUUCUGAGUGGUCAGGCAGAACCAGAGGAUUCAGGCAUUAAUAGCAUUCCUCCAUGUUUGGAUCCAGGUGCUGUGGGUCAGAGCGUGAAAUACCCGGACCCUGUCUGUGCUGUAAGAGGAUCGACCGUUACCCUGCCCUGCACCUUCACAUCACUUCAGUCCACCACAAAUGACAACACAAAAUAUAUUCUGCAAGUAGUCAGAGUCCGCUGGUGCCAGAACCAUGGGAUCUGUCAGGGUACUACUCCGUCUGUGUACGACAGCAACAACCAGAACAACAACUCCCGCUAUCAGUACCUGGGGAACCUGAAGGAGAACUGCACUUUACGGAUCAGAGACGUACAGAAGACAGAUGAUGCAGUUCUACGGUUCAGGAUGGAAGUGAAUCAUACUUCAGGACAUUUUACCGAGCCAUCAGGAGUCAGAGUCACAGUUAUUGAGCCGAGUGAACUGAGAAUCAACAGGUCCAGUACUGACCUGGAAACUGUCACACUGUUCUGCACCUCAGCCUGCACCUUCCGUCCACCAGAGGUCACCUGGUUCAAAGACGACCGCGCCCUCUCCGUGUCUGAGCCCGCCCUCCAGCUAGGAGCUCCAACUGCAAAGGAUGCUGGGAACUACAGCUGUGCUUUUAAGACCAACUCUAACAUACACUCCCAGCCGUUCCUCCUGACGCUGGACAAAGAACCGACUGGAAACGGUGUUUUGCUGGUGACGGCUGCUGUGGUGCUCGGCGUCCUGCUGCCGCUCAGCUCUGUCCUUCUCAUCUGCUUCAUCUGCAGAAGGAAGAGUGCAGCGGUCAAAAAGGAUCAGAGAUCUGAAAGAGAGCAAUCAGAUCAACAGCUGCCUGACAACAUCUACAGCAGCAUCCUGCCUCCUUCUGGACCAGACGGACGAGUUGAACCACAAAAAACCCAUCAAGCCAUGGAUGAAGUGGACUACGCCUCCAUCCAGAUCAUGCACAUGAAACGGACCAGACGGGAGAAGGAGGCAGAUGACGCCGUCGUCUACACCUGUGUAGCCACCAGAGGCUGAAGGUGCUCCUCGCUGCCUCAAGCUUAAAUCCGUCCCACGCUGCUGCAGGACUCAGCCACUUACUUCUGUUUUGCUAUUAGAUGCUUCUGUCCGUGAGCGCAUCGCUCCAGUUUUAGUGCAGUGUCAUGUAAAUGAUUGUCAUGAAGAGCAGCAGUUGCCACUGCUGUGGACAAAACAUUUGAAUGAUGAGUGAAAUAAAAGCUAGAAAGUGAAAAAGUGAAACAUGUGACACGUGGUCCAGACAGCCGGACUGUGAAGGAUGAAAUGUUGAGGUAAAGGUCUCUGAGCUAUGAGGUCACUGUGAGGCCAGAACACGCUCUCCUGCCUCAGAGCUGUUACCAUGUGGAGCAGUAAUUUCAUUAUUUUCCACACACCUUGAAUCAGGAGAUCUACUAUUUUAAUAGAGGAGUGACAGGUCAAUACAUUAAAAAUUCUUUCAGCUCUGACUGCCUGGCAGCAGCUUUAUAAUCCUGGAGGUCGUCAGCUUGGUCGCGUUCAGACGUCGCUGUUCUGACUGACUAGAUGCAGAAAUUCAACAACUUCAAACUUCAUGCAGCAUCAUUUGAUUUUAUGUCUCUGAGAUGCAGUUAUGCAGUGGAGUGGAUUAUUUUAGAUGCUUUAGAUGCACUGGAAUAGUAAAAGGCUCGUCAUCACUGUCUGUGUGAACUUCAGCUCUUUUGACAAGUAAAUUAGGCUAAAUAACUUGAUGUCAACACGACUGAAGCUCAGAGCUCAAAGAGCAUCCCUUGUGCAAGUGUCACUUCUUCCCCUGGUUAUUUCUGUCUUUAUCUUGUGGUUUUCUACAGAGCAUUCAUCUGUGACAAAGGGCACAGGUGUCGAAAUACCAGAAGUGAAAGUUUCAACUUUGAAAACUGAAUCUGAUUUGAUUUUAUGAUUAAACAUGUGUCAGAAGAAAGCAGCUCAUCAAAUGAUUGUAUGGGACAGAAACACAUAAAAUGCUUCAUGUAUUUCAAGUGUAUCAGUAGAAGAAUAAUGUAGCUCAGCCAGCCAACGCUCCAAAAUAGAAUGUGGCGGUAAUGAAAGCAAACAGCUGUUGACCAACCGUCAAAAAAGAAGAAAAAGAAGAAGCACAAAAAGAAGGAGGAAAACAUGAGAAGAGGAAGCAGAGAAAUAGAGAGAAGCAGAAAUAAAAAUAGAAAUAAAAAGUAAUAGGAGAAAUGGAAGUAGGAAACAAAGAAAUAAGCCCAACGGUGCCACUGUCAGAAGUUCCAUCAUGGGUAAUAGAA